CCCGCGGAGCGCGCUGUCGCAUAUACACGUACCGAGUGAAACCUCCUUGAUCAUCUUCGACUCCUUUUACCUCCUGUCCAGAAGUUUCUUAAUCAGCGAAGUUGGCAAGUAUAAACUUACAGUUCGCUGUAUCACCAAGAAACUCGAAAGCGACUUGACAGUGUUGGAUUUAAUUAAAGAUUGUCGGAGUGUGUGAUUAGUGAACUUUGAUUUUGUUCUCCGGAGUGUUCCGGAGUGUACUGUGUUUAGUAAAACAAGCAAAGUGUCUCCAAUAAAGUUGUCGGCGAUGGACAGCAACUCGGUAUCACCGAUGCCAGAGCUGGCUCCCAUCGCGGAGUUUGAUAAAUCGCCGCCUUCUCCCCCCAACGAAGAAGUGCCAAUGGACGACUUACCGCCACCUCCGACUAUAUCGCAAGCCGAAGGCAAGAAAAUUAAAAUUCAACGCAGCCGCUCAUAUGACUCUGACGAGAACGAGCGGGGCGCAUGCGAAUGGUGCGAGUAUGCGCUGGUCAUCACGCUCGCCACCAUUCUGCUCAUCGGCGUUUCCGCCCUCACCGUCUUCUGGGUCUUCUUCUACCGAGAGGGCUACGCCUGGGCCGAUGACAUCCCGGAGAAGCAGUUCAACCUUCAUCCCACCUUGAUGGUUGCCGGCUUCAUCACUUUUAGCGGUUUCUCGGUGCUGUUGUACCGCAUCUGUCGCUGCUUCCGGCGCAUCUACGUGAAGUUGCUGCACGCAAUUUUCCACGCGCUCGCUUUCCCCUGCAUCGUGAUAGGCUUCCUCGCUGUCCUCGACUACCACAACAAGAAGGGAAUCAACAACUUCUACUCUCUGCACAGCUGGAUCGGCCUCGUCGCCAUGGGACUGUUUGGACUUCAGUAUGCAGUCGGCUUCUUCAGUUUCCUUUUGCUGUUGAUCUGCAACAAGGGCACCGCCGGCUUCCGCGCCUCUCUAGUGCCGGUCCACGCUGCCUUCGGUGUCCUUACCUUUGUCCUCGGCGUCGCUGCUUGCCUCACCGGUUUAACUGAAAAGGCAAUCUUCACCCUUGGGAGCGACACGUACGCAUCGAUGUCGCAAGAGGCGAUUGUGAUAAACGCCAUCGGCAUGUCUGUGGUGGCGGUGGCUGUUCUGGUGCUGUACACCGUACGCGGCACUGGCGGCUACCGGCUGCGACCUGCAGCGCAACAUCCCAGCUAAGCGUCCAGUCGCCUCACAACCGCAACACCGACGACCGAUUAACGACUUUUUAUUUGCAUACAUUCGAAUUUCAUACAAUAGACUUCAAGUCAAGAGUGGUCAAUAUCUAGGCUUUCACCCUAAUAGGGUGAAUAAAUUUAUGCCAAUCUUAGUUGCAGUGAAUGUGUAGACUAUAUUGUAUUCAUGAGUAAAACAGCGAGCAAUAUUUAUGGUUACAUAUCCAUUAAAAUUGAAAAAAAAAUCGCACAACUUAAACACUGAAUCAACUUGGUGUGUACAAAUAUUGUUUAUGGCUUAAACAUAGAGCCACUAUUUUAAUGAAUUAGAUAUCUGGAUCUCCCUAAGGCUAUUUUCUCUACAUUGUGGUGUUUAGGUCUAUAGUAACUCUUGAUUUGAAGUCUAUUGUAUGCUAAAAUAUUAAACGACUGUCUAUACAAACAAAAUGUUUGUUAACAAAAUACUAUGUUAAUUUAUGAAUGUAAAAUUGAAAUACAAUUGUUAUAUUUGAAAGUUCUAUUUAUAUCCCAUAUUUUUUUGUGGAUUCUCACUAAUAAUUUAGUUAAUAUUAUGUUUUAAUUCUAAACAAUCAAUAUAUUAAAAGUUAAAGCAUUUAAAGAUAACCAGUGUUAUGGUUGCAACAAUCAAUGAAUUUUGUACUAUGCGUAUUUGAUAAAAAUAGCAAUUUUAUUUGGCUAAUACAUCGAACAGAAAUACAGUUCGGAAGAUAUAGUUUUCUUUUUAAUAUAUGAACCGCGGUUGUGUGAUAAUUGAAAAGUUUUUUUUUAAAUUAUAAUUACUGUGAGUUGAAUCCGUCUAGCUAAAUUAUUGAGAUUGGCAUUAUUCAAUAAUUUCUAAAUUAAAACUUUUUCAGCACAAUAAUAUAUUUCUUAAAUAAUUUGUAUCUAAAAUGGUGUUGCCAGUUUUAAAUGUUUAUGAAAAUUAAAUUCAGCUAAAAUUUAUAUUACAUUUCGAGUCCAUUCCAGUCAUUGUUCCGUGAUUGAAAUUAAACGACAUUGAAUAGUUAUCAAGAGUUGAGGAACAGAAAAAUCUGGGAGAGGGACGUGCAACGAUAAAAUUAAACGUCAUUAAAUUGAUAUCCAUUAAAGAAUUCAGUUAUCUUGAAUAUCUUCAAGUUUAAAUUAUACUCGAACAGAAAAAUUCAGUUGCCGUGCGUAUAUGUAGGCACUGGUUUUUUGAUGUCGACUAAUGUAGUUUUCACUAAUUAAGAUAUUUUAGAGUUAAUUUGUAUAUAAAUUUAGUUUAAUGUGCGAGUGUUUGAUAGAUGUAGUUUGUGAUUGAUUUGUAGUAGACAACAUUUGAAUGUUUAACAAUUACAUAUUGUAUUUUAGACAAUGUAAGUAUUUGGCAAUUGCCACACAUUGCCAUAUGUUCAUUAUAUUGUUGCCACAUAUUGUUCAUAUGAAUUCAUAUGAACACUGUCACAACAGAGAAACACGAAACGAACAUCGAUAAAAAUGCAAUCGUGUUAUAAAAGUGGUUUCUUAUAUUACGCUAAUAUUAAUAAAUAAAAACUAAUUUUAUAGAUUUAUUCGCCUUUAAUUAA